AGGGGAGGGUGAACACUUCUGAGCACCCCAACAUCUUGGCACUGUGAAUUGGAGUAGCCAAGAUGGGUUGUAGGGUACUCUUCUUUCUCUGCUUCCUCUUCAUCGUUUCCACCCUUUCGCCAUCAUCACUCAGCCUUGCAGAUGGGGACUCAGGCCUGGUCAUGAACUUCUACAAGGAUUCCUGCCCUCAGGCAGAGGAGAUCAUCACCGAGCAGGUCAAGCUGCUGUAUAAGCGCCACAAGAACACUGCGUUCUCAUGGCUGAGGAACAUUUUCCAUGACUGUGCUGUUCAGUCAUGUGAUGCCUCCCUGCUGUUGGACUCAACAAGGAGGACUCUUUCAGAGAAAGAGGCAGACAAGAGCUUCGGAAUGAGAAACUUCAGGUACAUUGAGGACAUUAAGGCAGCAGUAGAGAGGGAGUGCCCCGGUGUGGUGUCUUGUGCUGAUAUCUUGGUCUUGUCUGGAAGAGAUGGGAUUGUGGCGUUGGGUGGACCUUACAUCCCUCUCAAAACAGGAAGGAGAGACGGUAGAAAGAGCAGGGUCGAUGUGUUGGACGAGUACCUUCCUGAGCACAAUGAUAGCAUUUCUUCUGUGCUUGAGAAGUUUCAGGCCAUUGGCAUCGACACCCCUGGGGUUGUCGCCCUACUUGGUGCUCACAGUGUAGGGAGGACACACUGUGUGAAACUGGUUGACAGGCUCUACCCUGAGGUUGAUCCAAGGCUGAACCCAGACCAUGUCCCUCACAUGCUCAAGAAGUGCCCUGACCAAAUUCCAAACCCGAAGGCUGUACAGUAUGUAAGAAACGACAGAGGAACACCCAUGAAGUUAGACAACAACUAUUACAGAAACAUUCUGGACAACAAGGGUCUGAUGCUCGUUGAUCACCAACUUGCUCAUGACAAGAGGACCAAGCCCUAUGUGAAGAAGAUGGCGAAGAGCCAGGACUACUUCUUCCAGGAAUUCUCAAGGGCAAUCACAAUCCUUUCUGAGAACAACCCUCUCACUGGCAGCAAGGGGGAGAUCAGAAGGCAAUGCAACUUGGCCAACAAGCAUCAUGAUUAGAACCUCCAUGAAAGUGAUCACGAGAAAAAGGAAAAGAAGGUGUUGGUGUUGCGUGCUCUUUGUUUUUGUUUUCUUUUUCCCUUUCUUAGUGAGAAAGUGCUGUGGCAGUGGGAUAUGAUGGGGGUGGUUGUUGAUGAUGAUGAUGUCCUGUGCAUUAUGCAUGAUGAUGAUGUAGUAGUAGUUUUUGUGAAUGAUGUGGCAUGGCCCAGCUUUGCUUUCCCAUGUACUGCUUCACAUAAUAAUACAUAGAUGGGCGUCCUCUCGUGACCA